AGUUGGGUUGCCAAUUAAUGAUCCGGUUUCUGUUGUUGAUGUGGAUAAAGAAACCGGAGUUAAAAGUGAUGCACAAACAGAUGGAGUGCCCAUAACACCAAUCCAUUUAAAUUUUGAUGAAUCUCAGCAAAUCGGCGAUAUGGAGAAUGCUAAUGCUGAAUUUACCGCAUCAGAGGAAAUGGUAGCGGACUUGCUAAUCAACUGCCCUUUAGCAUGUGUUAUUCCUCUCGGUCCUCCUCCAGUACCACGCGAUGAUCAAACCGAUUUGUCAAGUUUAAGGACUCCUCAGAAUGUGGACAAUAACCCGGUAACCAUCUCUCAGUGGAUGAUUCCUGAUUCUCAGAUACCAAUCCAACUUGGAGUACAACCAACAACCGGACAAAGUUCAACUAAUGAAACUGAACAGCAAGUUGGAGUACAACCGAUAGUUGGCCACAGUUCAAGCGAUGAAACUGGACAACAAGUUCCCGUACAACCAAAUGCGGGCCAAAGCUCAAGUGGUGAGACUGCACAGUUUUCAAACUCUGAAAAACAGAUCAUUGUGCAUCCAGGUGCUGCCCGAGAAAGGAAACCAAGCAAAUAUAACCUGUCCCCUUAUUAUCCCAAUUUCAGCUCAGCGGGUUCUUCUGCCAAAAAUAUCGGUCCUUGCAUUUAUCAGAAAAAACACCCAUUUGUUGACCACCCUAUAAAUGCCCCGUUAGAUAUUUCGUUUCUUCAAGAAUAUCAAAAGUGGCUUGAGAAGGAUCUGUUGAAAUCGCAUGACAAAAGGAAGCCAAAUGAAAAUCAUUACAGAAAGAACAAGGAUGGACUCGAUCCUGUGGAUGCCGAACUUCGGUUGCAUUUAGGCGUUACAGCCGUAGCCGACAAAAACUGGUUCUACUUGUUAUCUAUGGAUGGGCAACUUUGGACUGAUGAGGUUGAUGGAGGGAAGUAUCACAAUAACAUCAACUAUAGAUUCACCACUGCCAGCUGUAUUUUUCACACUUUAGUUGCUGAAAUUUACAAAUCUUGGGAAAACCCUGAUUCAUCCACAUGUGUCGCCAGUAAGGAAGAUGAACUGUGUGAGUACAUUAACGGGCACAGGCUGUUGGCUAAUGUACCAUGGUAUACUGUUGACAACGUACUAAUUCCUGUCAACAUAAAAGAGGAAAAUCACUGGAUUUUGGUUGUGAUAUCAUUCACUGACAGGUCCAUCUACGUAUACAACUCAUACCGAGCUGCAGGGCAUGAUGCUGUCGUUAGAGUCGGAGUGAAAAUGUUGGCUACUCUAGUGACACAUAGUCUACAAAUGACUGAUUUCUAUGAGAAGAAGGCGGAUAUAGAUUUUGUCACACAUCCUUCUUACAGAAAUAGAGAACAGACCGACAACUUUGACAUUGUGAAUGUAGACAAUCUCCCGCAACAAGCUCCCUCUAGCAUGGAUUGUGGUGUGUAUGUGGCAGCCUUCGCUGAAUACUUGAGCUCAAGUGCAGUCAUCCCAACCGAAUUCGAUGCAAAGUUACUCCGUAUGAGAUACGGUGCCCUUUUAUGCGACUAUGCAUGGGAUAAGUCAAACAACAAUGCAUCAAGUGAUAACGAGCAGCCUCCAAGACCAAUUAGACCGGCAGUUGAUUACGAUGCAGUUGAUAAAGAGGAUCUUGAUUAGGCCACCAAUUCAUUUGUGUUUUUGAUUUUCAUGUUGAACAAUAGCAUAGUUGGUUGCGACUUUUGUUGCUGUUUUUUCAUUUUGGAUAUAUUGUUUCAUGUGUAGUAAUCUUUUUUAGGAUGAUUAAUA